AUGGUGCCGUACUUGCCGUCCAAGGUCCCGUUCAUUGGUAACAUGCUCGAGUUGGCUGGCAACGCCCACCGUUUUCAUGACUGGAUGGCAGAGCAAUGUAUCGCCCACAACGGCGUGUUCAAACUAUACCUACCCGGUCAGCGUGAUAUGAUCGUAACGGCCGUCCCAGAGCACUACGAGCAUGUAGUCAAGACGCAGUUUGAGCAUUUUAGUAAAGGUCAGCAGCAGUACGACAUGUUUGUAGACCUUAUGGGCCACAGUGUGCUGAUCAUUGAAGGUGAACGCUGGAAAUACCAUCGACGUCUACUCGUCCGUCUUUUCAGUGCCCGAGCUCUGCGUGACCACAUGACACCCGUGAUUCAACGUCACUCGCUCAUGCUCCAGCAGGUGCUACAUAAAGCUAUAGUGGCCAAGAAACCUGUCGACCUCUACAUGCUCAUGCACCGCUUUACUUUCAAAGCGUUUGCCGAGAUGGUGUUCAACAAUUCAUUAGACAGUAUUGACUCGGAGCAUGAACACCCGUUUGAACAAGCUUUUGAUGAAGCGCAGUCUAUUGUAGCCGGCCGUCUACAGCAGCCAGUGUGGCUGUGGAAGUUCAAGCGCUUGAUAAACUUUGGUGAGGAACGCAGACUCCGUGAGGAUGUCGCAUUGAUUGAUGAAUUUAUCAUGAAGAUCAUCGCAUCGGCAAUUGAGAAACGUCACCAACGACAAGCAGACCUCAAGACCGGGAAACCCGUUCCAACCGCCGACAAAGACAUUGUGUCAAUUGUACUUGAGUGCAUGGAGCAAGAUGGUGGCAUAGUCUCACCUAAAGAUGUGCGCAACAUUGCAGUCGCUGCCUUGGGCGCAGGACGUGACACUUCGGCUGAUACCAUGAGCUGGUUGUUGCAUACUUUGGCACUGUACCCUCGAGUCGAAAACAAACUCCGUACUGAGCUGCUGGCGAAGCUGCCCCAGUUGGCAAUGAACUCAACCUACGUGCCGUCCAUGGAUGAGGUGCAGGGUCUCGUGUACCUUGAAGCGACGAUCCGUGAACUCUUGCGGCUUCAGACCCCGGUACCGUUUACGAUGAGAGAGUGUGUCCAGGACACUGUCUUCUCGGACGGAACGUUUGUGCCCAAGGGAACGAAUGUCGGUAUGUGUCAUUUCGGUGCUGCUCGACGAACAGAAGUAUGGGGCCCCGAUGCGGCCGAAUUCAAGCCCGAAAGGUUCGUCGACGCGGAGACGGGCAAGUUACUGCACACUCCGUCGGCCAAGUUUAAUGCUUUCAGUGGUGGCCAGCGAGUGUGCAUCGGCAAAGCGCUGGCCAUGCUGGAAAUGAAGAUGGUGAUUGCAAUACUCAUAGGCCGCUUCCACUUUGUAGAAGUUCCUGGCCAGAAGGUGCAAUACGCCAUGGGCAUUACCAUUGGCAUGAAGAAUUGCCUCAUGAUGCACGUUGAGCCUGUAACCAGUGCAGCUCCUGGUGCUGCAGCGUAA